AAAAUGACUAAAAGUAAAUCCCUAUAAGAAGCCAAACCUGAAGCAGCUCCAAUUUCAAAUUUAGAGCUUGGCGCUCUAACCAAUCCCUCUCUCGUGCUCUUUCAAAAAAACCUAAACUCUAAUUCCUCUGUAAGAAUCGAAAAUGGGGGGCUCUCAAAGCCGUGAAGAUCUGGAGCUCUCAGACUCGGACACAGAGAGCCAACAAGAAGAAGAAACGGAAGAAGAAGAAAACUACCAAGAUGUCAGCAAUGAAACCCCAGAAAAAUCAUCUUCCACAGGAAGAAACAGACCCAAAACCCCAUCUUCUCUUGAUGAAGUCGAAUCCAAGCUUAAAGCCCUAAAACUCAAAUACCCCUCAACAACAACCCGAACUCAGCAGAGUCCUAACUCUAAUUUUAAAAAUGGUGUCAAACUUUACCUUCAUAUCGGCGGUAACACCCCAAAAGCCAAAUGGGUUACUUCAGAUAAGUUGACUUCUUAUUCUUUCAUCAAGACCUCAAAAAUUAAUGGUCAAGAUGAAGAGGAGGACUCGGAGUCAGAAUCUGAAGGAGUUUCUUGGUGGGUUUUGAAGGUUAGUACAAAAAUUAGAGCGAAAGUCGCUGUUGAGAUGCAAUUGAAAACAUUAAAGGAACAGCGCCGCGUUGAUUUUGUUGCUGACGGUGUUUGGGCUAUAAAGUUUUUUAGUGAUGAAGAUUAUAAGGUUUUUAAUAGCAAGUACCAGGAAUGUUUGUUUGAGAAUACUUUUGGGUACGAGUCCAAUGAAGCAAACAAGGUUAAGGUUUACGGGAAGGAUUUUGUUGGGUGGGCGAACCCGGAAAAGGCAGAUGAUUCUAUGUGGGAGGAUGCAGAGGAUGAUUUCUUGAAAAGCCCUGGAUCUGUGACCCCUGUGAGGGGAAAUCGAGAUCUGCAAGAGGAAUUUGAGGAGGCAGCCAAUGGAGGGAUACAGAGCUUGGCAUUGGGUGCGCUGGAUAACAGUUUCUUGGUGGGUAGUUCAGGGAUUCAGGUCGUUAAGAACUUUAGCCACGGGAUUUAUGGAAAAGGUGCUUAUGUCAAUUUUGGAAGUGGGAAUCAUAGGAGUUCUUCGAAUUUGGUGCAUUCGACUCCUAAAAAGGCACUUCUUAUGCGGGCUGAGACUAAUAUGUUGCUUAUGAGUCCGAUGAAUGAAGGGAAAUUGCAUUCUACUGGUUUGCAUCAACUUGAUAUAGAGACAGGGAAGAUUAUUACUGAGUGGAGGUUUGAAAAGGAUGGAACUGAUAUUACCAUGAGGGAUAUUGCAAAUGAUAGCAAGGGAGCACAGUUGGAUCCGUCAGGAUCUACAUUUUUGGGAUUGGAUGACAAUAGGCUUUGCAGGUGGGAUAUGCGUGACCGGCAUGGUAUUGUUCAAAAUCUUGCUGCAAGUAAUACUCCUGUUCUGAAUUGGACUCAAGGACAUCAGUUUUCAAGAGGGACUAACUUCCAGUGCUUUGCUAGCACAGGUGAUGGAUCAAUUGUUGUUGGGUCUCGUGAUGGAAAGAUUCGAUUGUAUUCAGGCAAUUCGAUGCGGCAGGCAAAAACAGCUUUUCCUGGCCUGGGAUCACCUAUUACUCAUGUUGAUGUUACCUUUGAUGGGAAGUGGAUAUUGGGCACCACCGAUGCAUAUUUGAUCCUUAUCUGCACUCUUUUCACAGACAAGGAUGGUAAGAUGAAGACUGGUUUUAAUGGUCGUAUGGGUAACAGGAUUGCAGCUCCGAGAUUGUUGAAGCUGACUCCUCUGGAUUCACAUCUAGCUGGAGUUAAUAACAAGUUCCAAAAGGCUCAGUUCUCUUGGGUCACAGAGAAUGGGAAGCAGGAGCGCCAUUUGGUUGCAACAGCUGGCAAGUUUAGUGCGAUAUGGAACUUCCAGCAGGUAAAGAACGGUUCCCAUGAGUGCUAUCGUAAUCAAGAGGGCUUGAAGAGCUGUUACUGCUACAAGGUAGUCCUUAAGGAUGACUCCAUUGUUGAUAGCCGUUUCAUGCAUGACAAGUUUGCAGUCAGUGAUUCUCCUGAGGCUCCACUGGUGAUUGCAACCCCCAUGAAAGUCAGCUCAUUCAGCAUAUCCAGCAGGCGCUGAUUGCUGAAUAUUGCUCCCCAGUUGAUCACUCUCUCGGUGUCGGAAAUGCUUUUCUAAAAUUUCUGAAUUGUAUUUUUUAAUUUUUGAUUAACUAGGUAUGUUUGGAUUUAUCUUCCAGGAAGAAUGAUAUCUAAUUACACUGUAUUUGGAGUUUUACGUCAAAUUGCUAGUAUUUUGAUGUUUCCUAUCUUGUUGUAUUGCUUCUCAUUGAAUCCGAAAUUCCUGUCUUCAGCGGGUUGGAGUGCUGUCGUGAUUUCUUGUUCCUUUUCCCCCUCCUGCUUGUUGUUGUGAAGUUAGGCUGCCCGGCAUCCUCCCUGGCUGUUUGACUGGCCAUCAUAAAUUUAGUGGGAGUUUGUGGGACCAUGUUGUCUUCGUAUGGAUGAGUUCUUAUUUUGGAUGGUAGUUGUAUACGUAGCUAUGAUGGAUGCCUUCGCUAACCACUCGCUUGUAUAGGGAGAGGGAGAGGAGAAAAUGGCUGUUGCAACGGGUAGAGCUUUCCUUAUUCAGCCAUGUUUUUCUUCUUCGUUAUGCUCCUUGUCUAAGAACAUAAAUAAGUCAUCAUAUGGUGCAGAAGAUGUGUUUUGCCCGCCAAACCAGGAAGCACUCCUUGCCCAACAGCGACCCACAUGGCUUCCUGGGCUUGAUCCUCCACCAUAUCUUGAUGGAACGUGAGCCGCUCACUGUGCUCUGUCUAAUUCUCGACCUGAACUUGAAAAUUUCUGUUUGUUGUUUAUGUUUUGCUUAUCUUGCUCUGUUUCUCUAAGUUUAGUUUGGCAGGAGAUUUUGGGUUUGACCCACUUGGCCUUGGAGAGGAUCCGGAAAAUGGUAUGUGAAGGCAGAGUUGGUCCGUGCUCGCUCGCUUUGCCACGGCCGGAGUUGCGGGAAUUCUUUUCACAGAUGCGAGUUUCACAAAACCCGUCUCGGGGUUAAAACUAGUGCUGAAAUAAGUCAUUAAGUGAUUGUAAAUAUAAACAAUCAAAUGUAUAAAUUAUAUUACCUAUAAUAUUAGAAUUUUUUCAUGUUAUUUA